AUGGAGACUCUCCUCUUACGCCAAUAUGCCGCUACCAUCCAAUCUACAAACACUGCAGUGUCAUAUUCAGCCGGCCAUAUAGUCCUGUCCUACGUGACAUCGCUACUAGGAUGCAUCACCACCUUGGAAUUGCUGCAGCGUCGAACCUCGACCCGCGGCGCAUACAAUGGAUUCCUUCUUGCCAUGUCAGCAGUCACUAUGGGCGGAAUCUCCAUUUGGGGAAUGCAUUUUGUCGCUAAUGGAGCCGUCAUCCUCGACCACGGAGCUCCUGACCGCCAGAUUGUGUACAAGCCCACUUUCACCGCGAUCUCCUUCUUGGUACCGAUCGUCGUCCUCUUGAUGGCCUUCUACAUGGUCGGAGUUUGGGCCAGAGCUGGGCAAAUCUGUAUCGCAGUCGCCUGUCUGCUCACGGGGGCGGCAGUUUGUGGCAUGCACUCACUGGAACAAUACGGAGUGGAGAAUUACACAUGUUCAUACAAGGUCAAGAACCUGGUGGGCUCUGCCAUAAUUUCGGUGAUGACUAGUUUUAUUGCCUUGAGUGUCUUCUUCCGCCUGCGGGACACAUGGACGGAUUGCUGGUGGAAAAGAUUCAUCUGUGGUGCAAUACUUGCCGUUGCCGUCUCGGGUAUGCAUUGGACGGCGGCUGUGGGAACCAUGUACAAGUGGAAAGGAGACUCGGCUGUCCAUAGCCGCCUCAAUUCCCAAACCACAAUUGUUGCUGCUACUCUAUCAAUGGGCGCAUGCAUGGUGCUUCUAGUCAUCGCUUUCAUUCGAAGCCGCCGCAUGCGGAGGGCCAGAAUCAAGGCACAACGUCUUGUCCUGGCUUGUGCUUAUUUCGACGAAGAUGGCAAGUUGAUGGUCACGGAAGAAGGCAUCUUGCCGAGCGAGAAAAUCACCAACCAUUACCUAGAAAAGACCUUUGGAGAGGACGAACUGAGCCGGUCCCAGGCCACUUUUCUCUGGGUGUAUAGGGCGUCUCGGAAUUGGGCAGUGCUGAAGGAGCUCAUCCCUGUCAUGACAGAAUACAUCAAGACAGAUCCAGCAGCGAAGAGGUACCGCCCCGGCCACACCGCUUCCAACUCGCUCGAUGACGCAAGCGAGGUUUCGCUCCAUUUCUCCCCUGUCUUCAAGCAACUGUUCUGCAUGGCAGCAGAACGGCUAGCAAAUCGGAUUCACGAACCCCUAGAGCAGCUUGGGACGUUAUUUGAAGAACCAUUGGAGACGGGAGCACUCUUCAUAUUCGUACAAAGCAGGACCGCUCUGACUGACCUUUCUCCCCAGACUGGAAGCCAGGCAGACGUUGAAAGUGGCCACUCUGUUGCGAGAGGCAAAUACCUUUUUGUCACCCGCCGCCUUGAUGUUGACGAGACGUUCAAGUUUGCGGCUCUUGGGUACCGGUUUGCCGCUGUGGCACGAAUUGCCGAACCCAUGGCUAAGAGGAUGCAGAUCAACCGUGAUGACUUGGUGGCUCGGAUGAGACGCAUGCAGAUCAGUGUUUGCCUUGAGAAUUUACCAGCGCCGGGAGUCCAUCUGGCAUGUUUCAUGCUCCGACCGAGCAUCUGCAAAAGCUUCGACGUCUUAGUCCCCGAGUCGAGACAAAACCAGCUGCCUCACGUCAGCAUCCAACCGGAUGACCUGACUCUAGAACAAUGGACUCAGAUUGGCCGUUUGUUUGACGAAUCCACUGUCUCAAAUGUUCUCGGCAUGCUCCUGGACCGAUGUCAUGCGGUGGAUCUGGACGAAGACAUAGCCUCGCGACUUUAUGAAGCAAUCAUGAAGCUGGUCAGCCUGAUUGGAAGCUCCGAUACUGUGAUGCAAGCCAAAUUCUCGGCCAGAGCAGUCCAUGUUCCCUGUCAGCAGGCCCCAGGGUGCCCCGGGACAGCGACCUGUACUUUUCUGACUGUAAGGAUGAUAAGAGAUGUGCGCACCUCCUCGCCCAGCACAGAACUGGUAUACGUGCCGCUUUCCUCCUUCAGCCUGCAGCAACAGUAUCAGACCGUGGGAUGGUACGACGAACAAUUUGCACGCGAAGUCAAGGCGGAGUUCGGUCACCUUCUGCAAGACGGUGCGAGACGAAGACGAUUCAACAGUGUCCGGGUUGGUCGGCUGUCGACGUCGCCCGGCCCAAGCAGUCAUCCUCCAGGAUUAUCGAGAGCCAGGAUCCGCCAAAGCCUCGCAGAAAGAUGCCAUCCCAGUCGCAACCGUGGCAGCGACCGGGACCGGGACCGGGACACGAGGACGCUUGUCAGUUUAGGAUCGGAUCAACCUAAGAGAUUAGAUGGACCGGGAACGCUGGUAGCAAACCCAGAAGGAGAAAGUCCUCCACUCAACGAGGACAGCGCCGAAGGCCCGCCGGAUCGACGAGGAUCUGUUGCAACGACAGUUCGAACAGGGAAUUGGGUUGCGGAACUUCUGGCUCUUUUCCAAUUGCGCACAGAGAGCUGGAGAUCAGUACGCUCUGCAACGGAAGAAUCACCUGAUUUCAACGUGCUGAACACAGGUGUCCAUGGUACCUCUGAGCCUGUUACCAGGAACAACACCCGUACUCGAGUUUGA